CAGUUCUGUCUGUAUCAGCCAGACCUCUCCUCUCGGGUAUCGGCGCCGUCUCGAGCUUUCGCACCGCCUAAUUCCCAAACCCGGCGCCGCCGUGUUACCCCUUCCCCUACGCCCACGGUCGCGCCUCCAGGCCUCGUCCUAAAGCGCGCCACGCCGAAUUCUUCUCCCCCUCCCACCCCCCUCUGCCCGAUUGGCCUGGCGUGGAGAUCCACCCCCGCGGAUUUUCUCUUCUUGGACUAUUGUGGAACUGCUCUAGAAAGUCUCUGGUGAUGGUGGUCCGUUUAUGUUUCAUGUGCUGUUGAUUACCGCUGUCGCGCUUGCAGGUCCUGAGACAUGUCUCACUACCAGGAGCACAAUGUUGAUGACAUGGAGGAUGAUUACGACAUGGAUGAUCCGGUAGAUGACAUGGAUGGUGAAGAUUACCUAGGGCCGGAGGCUAGGGACGACUCUGAUGAGGAGGAUGACGAGGAUGCCGAAGCGAAUAAGGCAUCCGACACAUCAUCUGAAGAAGCAAGACGUGGAAAAGACAUUCAAGGAAUACCAUGGGAUCGCUUGGAACUUACCAGAGAAGGAUACAGGGAGACAAGAUUAUUACAGUACAAAAAUUACGAGAAUGUACCUAAUUCUGCAGAAGCAGCAAUGAAGGCAUGCAAAUCUACUGAGAAAGACGGAACAUAUUAUGAGUUCAGGCGAAAUACUAGAUCAGUAAAAUCUACUAUUCUACACUUUCAGCUGAGAAAUUUAGUAUGGGCUACAUCCAAGCAUGAUGCCUACCUAAUAUCGCAUUACUCGGUGCUACACUGGUCAGCCUUGAGUGGUGUGGACACAGAAAUUAUGAAUGUCGAAGGGCAUAUUGCACCAAGUGAGAAACAUCCAGGAAGUUUAUUAGAAGGGUUUUCUCAGACUCAAGUUAGUACGCUGGCAGUCAAGGAUAAUUUGCUAGUAGCUGGUGGUUUCCAAGGAGAGCUAAUAUGCAAAAACCUGGACCAAGAAGGAAUAAGCUUUUGCUGCAGGACAACAUAUGAUGAUAAUGCAAUCACCAAUGCAGUGGAGAUAUUCAACACCUCUAGUGGUGCUGUUCACUUCAUUGCAUCUAUUAACGACUCCGGUGUAAGAGAAUAUGAUAUGGAAAGAUACCAGUUAUGUAAGCAUUUCCGCUUUGAUUGGCCAGUGAAUCACACGUCUUUGAGCCCUGAUGGGAAGCUUGUUCUCGUUGUCGGGGAUGACCCAGAUGCUUUGCUUAUUGAUGCUAAUUCAGGAAAGGCUAUUCAUUCUAUGAAAGGUCACUUGGAUUUCUCAUUUGCAUCGGCUUGGAGCCCUGAUGGCCGGACAUUUGCCACUGGCAAUCAAGACAGGACAUGCCGGGUUUGGGAUGCCAGAAAUCUCUCGCAGUCUCUCCAUGUCUUGAGGGGUAACCUUGGUGCUAUAAGAUCUAUUCGCUACACAUCAGAUGGUCAGUUCCUGUCGAUGGCGGAGCCGGCAGACUUUGUCCACAUCUUUGAUGUCAAAAGUGAUUAUAACAAGAGGCAAGAGCUGGAUUUCUUUGGUGAGAUAUCUGGCAUGUCUUUCAGCCCUGACACGGACACGCUCUUCGUCGGUGUUUGGGACAGGACCUACGGCAGCCUACUUCAGUAUGGCCGCCUCUAUAACUACUCAUACCUUGACUCGCUGUUCUAAGGUCAAUGCAAACAAGUGUUGGUUGGGCCUCUUGUGUGUCACUUCUGCUGAUUUUCGUCGGCGCCGACUAUUAGGUACUCCAUAAUCAGAUUUAUGUUAUAGAUUGGUCAUUCUUUAAUAAUUCAUGUAUCCUGUGUUAUGUGUACAAAAGAAAUGUAUACAGAUAUAGCUUUGCUUUGAGGUAGGAGUUGUAAGUUAUGUUUCUAGGGCUAGUUUGCUCCAUGAAUCUGGAUGUAAACUUUUACCUGAGAUGUGUACCUUGAACAUCUCCUACUGCAUUGACCGAAACCGGUAUGCUUCGGUGGUAUGUGCUAUGCCGCAGUUGUGUGGAGCAGUUUGGAUUGUAUAAUUGAGCCGUUAUACACCUGUUUGUGAAUCCUA